AUGGCGGCGUCCGGCUCCCCGGGGCCAACUCCGAGUCCCGGCCAGGGGAGGAUGCCCGCGGAGCCCGCCGCCGCCGGCCCCUCGCGGCGGGAGCUGAGGAAUGGAAGUUACCUCACUACGGUCCCGACUGCGAGGCUGUGGGCAGCUGGCAGAGCGGGAGGUCCCGGGCGGCCGAGCAGGUCCGGCAGCGGCGGCGGCGGCGGCUACCGCAGUGCCCUCCGCCCCAUUGUUUCCCUUCCAAGAGGAUCCCGGCGAAGCCGAGCCCGGGAACCAGGAAGUUCCCCGGCGCGACACCUCCUGCCGCCGCUAUGGAAACGGCCCCCGCCUCCCAGGGCGGCUCGCCCGGGACCCCGCCUCCGCGCCUCCGGCCCCGCCCGCCUCACCGGCCGCCGCCAACCGUCACCGCAGCGGCCGCGGCCGCCGCCAUCUUGGCGCGGCCCCGGGGGCCCCUUUCCGGCGGCACGUGCGCGCUGCUCCCGCACUCCCGCCGUGCGCGCUCCCGCCCGCCUCGGGAACGGGCGCCCAGGGCUGCAGGUGCCCGGAGCCACUCGGCGGGAAGCGGGCGCUGGAAGCCCAGGACCCAAAGCUGGGCUUCGGGGCACGCAAACGAGCGACAUUGGCGUGUCCAGCGGGCAGGUCAGAGGAUAG